AUAAAACAAAUCCAGAGGUUUGGAUCAUUUGAAUUUAUAAACAUCCCUAAACUAAUGGACCUAAAUCCACUGACUAAACUUCACUAAACCCAUGUGUUUCCCGCUGUACAAAACAAAGCGCGGGUUCCGUAAUCUCAAUUAAUCAAUAAUUCAAAACGACCAGCGUUUUAAUCUCCCGCCUUAUUGAAAACUUGCAAUUUUCUUUCUCCCCCUCUUCCAUUCCCUCGCUUUUUUCCACUGCUUUUUCAUUUUCCUCUCCCUCCCAAUUUCAUUUCAAUUCAAAAAUCCCACAUAAACCAAACCCAAUUCUCAGUUUCUCAAACACACACAUCUCAAUCCCUUUCUUCUUCUCCUCCUCCCAAUCUCACUCUCUUCUCCACCAAACAAUGGAUUCAUUCCUCAACCACCUACCUCCCCUCAAGAGACACAGACUCAUCCACCAACACCAAAACCAAAACACUCCAACCCCAUCCUCACUCUUACCUGCAAAAAAACGCAAAGAGUCUCGAAACUCCGCCACUUCCCACACCAACGACACCGUUUCACCAUCUCCCACUGUUUGUUAUCCCCUACCCACUAAGAAAAGGGUCUUCGCCCUCCAACCUCAUCCCCAAAACGACACCGUUUCGAGCUUUGACCUCAACGUCGAAUACCAACCCUCUCCCAAUCGCAAAUCGCACAAAACUUCUGAAAAACCCGAACCAAAAUCUGAAUCCAUACCCGAACCUGAAUCCGUUCUGAAAUCUGAAUCCGUGCCCGAACACGAGUUUGAAUCCGAACCAAAAUCUGAAUCCGAUCCUAAAUCCGUAUCCGAACCCGAACCUGAACAACUGCAGCAAAAUCAGCACGAACACGCGAUCGACGACGAUGGCGACGGUGAUGAAGAAGACGGGAUUCUAUGCUGUGUAUGCCAGAGCACUGACGGCGAUGCUGAAGAUCCGAUCGUUUUCUGCGACGGAUGCGAUCUCAUGGUGCACGCGUCCUGCUACGGGAACCCGCUGUCAACUUCGAUCCCCGACGGCGACUGGUUCUGCGAACGGUGCCGAUUCGGGGACCAAAACAGCGAGUGCCAGUUGUGUCCGGUGAAGGAGGGAGCGAUGAAGCGGACGACGGAGGGAAUGUGGGCCCAUGUGGUGUGCGCGCUGAUUGUGCCGGAGGUUUUCUUCGCUGACCCGGAAGGGAGGGAUGGGAUCGAUUGCUCUAGGGUUCCGAAGAAGCGGUGGUCGGAGAAGUGCUAUGUGUGUGGGUGCGGUGGUGGGUGUGCGGUGGUGUGCUCGGAGCCCAAGUGUGGGUUGGCUUUUCAUGCUAGUUGUGCGAUGAAGGAGGAGCUUUGUAUUGAGUAUAAGCAGGAUAGAAAGGGUGCUACCAUUGUUGCUGGGUUCUGUAAAACCCAUAGUCUUCUGUGGGAGAAGCUAUCCGGGAAAUACAAAAUUGUUGCAGUUGAAGAUAAAAAGUAGCAAUGUGGUGCAGCAAAGUUAGUAUAUUGAUUUACUCUGUUCGUAUAUUGAACUUUCUCUUUAGGGGAUAGCAAAGUUAGUAAGGAGUUCAUUUGAGAUUGAUGUAGAUUUUAGUGAUUUGCUUUUCAUAUCUUUUAUGCUUUGUGUUAGUGUUUUGAGUCUUCAGGUGAAGAAAACUGUGUUCAAUUAGAACAAUAACAGAUUCUGACCAACUUGGGUUUGCAGAUAGGGGGAAAAUGAAAAAAAUGGUUGGAAAUAGAGUUGCUAUUGAGUUUAAUUUGGAAUGUACCUACCACCUGGUGCAGUUAUUGAAUGGACAAAAUUCAUAACAGGAAGCACAUCUCUUCCUUUUUUUUUCAUUGUAUUAUCAUAAACUAUGAAUUCAAAUUCAUCGUGAUACAUCAAUGGUAACAUUAUGCCUAAUAUUGUUUGAUCAGAUGCUCUUAAUUUGAUUGCUGCAAAAUGUCUGAAUAAAAAUUGUUAUAGACAUAGAGGGAAUAACGGCACUUCCUCAUUAGUUUUGAGGUGCGCCU